GAGGCAGAGCUGAGUCAGGCCGACCCGGAGGAGAUCUUCCAGCCCCUGCUCAUCUGUCUGGGUCUAACAUUCACCGACACACAUCCCACGACAGUGCUGCUAGCCAAGCUGGGUCCUAACGUGUCCAUCCUAGCUCAGCUGGAGUGCAUACAGGAGGCAGAGCUGAGUCAGGCCGACCCGGAGGAGAUCUUCCAGCCUCUGCUCAUCUGUCUGGGUCUCACAUUCACCGACACACAUCCCACGACAGUGCUGCUAGCCAAGCUGGGUCCUAACGUGUCCAUCCUAGCUCAGCUGGAGUGCAUACAGGUGCUCAACAUGAUAGAGAACAUCAACGAGACGCGCAGUGAGCUUCGCGAGAACCGAGCCGUCGCCACGGCGACCGGCGACGCCCACAUCCCCUCCACGUCCGGCACGGACACGCAGUCGCAGCCCGGCUCCGCGCGACCACCGGCGACACCUACAGGCAGCCAGAGCAGCGAGCAGCUCGACGCGUUCCACCCAGCAGGGGGCGCCGCCGCGGGGAAGUCGGAGAGCCGCGCGCGUCAGUCGCCAAAGAUUUCGAAGGGCGGCGGUUCGAAGCUCCCGGCCGAGUCUCCGUCUAAGUCCAUACUGAGGCACGAGUUUGCCAAGAGAGGGAGCCAACCGGGCAAAUACAAGCUUCUCAUUGACGACGACACGGAGGGAGAGCAGAACGAAGAUUCAGUGAAUAAGUACCAAAUAUUGCGCGAGGAUGAGGAGGCGGCAACAACAACUAGCAGGAGCACGGCAUCGCAGAAAGGCGGGCUGAUGGAGACGCGGAUAGACAUGGAGGAGGUGACGACCAGCGAAGGGACGCGGCAAGACACGGACGCUCUGCCGCUGCCGCCGGUAGAGAGGGCGCCACUGAGACCGGCCGUCUUUGAGACGAUCCCCGUCGUCGUGUUCGGCACGGUGAAGCUGAAGCACAUGCGUAUCCUAGCAACGCUCAGCGGACUGAAGCUGGACGCGAAGGUCGACAACAUCCACGCCAGCGUCACGCACAAGCUACGCCUCAAGGGCAUGCCAGGUAAAAAGGUUAAGGAGUCGUCCCUCAGUGCUUUCAUAGGCAACACCCUGAUAGUGCUUCUGGAAGGAGUGUUACCCAGCCAGCAGACGGUGGUGAGCGUGCGUCUCGCUCGCUCUGACCUCGUCGCGUCGUCGCUGUGUCGUCGCGGCGGCCGGGAGACGAAUCACGCGACGGCGUCGCUCGGUGCGUUGACCUUUGACAUCCCGCAUCACCCGGUGAUCCUGCACAGCAUGAUGACGCGAGGCAGCAAGCAGCUGUCCACCACGCUCAGGGAGGUCAAGGAGACAGACGAAGACUCUGUGGACGGAUCGCCGAAACACAAGCACCCGCACAAGCUGGUCGCGCAGCGGCCAAUCACGACGCAGCGAUCGCCGAAGCCUCUCGUAGUUCACUUCAGCAUUGUCCUCGAGAGUCUGACGAUUGGUGCCUCGUUGCUGCCCUCUCUACGCGCGCAGUACAUGAUGGGGAAAACGACUAGUACUGGCAUGACAGGCAGCAAGGGCAUCUUCGUCGUUGAUCUGCCGGCUCAUCGACUCUGCUUCGUGUCCAAGGUGUCAGCACCAGACACGAACAUCCCGCCUCCGUCUGCCGAUGUGGUGCUGCCCCCUGUGUUGCUGAGCGCGGACUACCGGGUGCCGGAGCCGGGCGUGACUGCGGCGGAGCAGUCUACUCUGGCGGAGGGGAUGGUGCUGAGGGAGGGGAACUAUGUAAAUGCCGUUGCUAAGAUAGGAGCGUUCCAACACAGCCUCACAACCGACCUUCUAAACCAUCUCAUGUUCGUGCAGAAAGUGUUCAUGAAGGAGAUCAACGAGGUCGUGCAGAAGGUGUCGGGCGGUGACCAGCCCGUCGCUGUGUGGAGUGACUUUAGUCGGCUGUCGUCUAAACCCGACGCAAGCAAGCCGAAACACCUGCUCUACUCCAUGCAGUUCCGCCUGCAGGGCAUACAGAUCACGGCGACGACACCGACAUCGACGGCGGUACGACUGGAGACGGGAGAGGUGGUCAUGGAUCUAUCGAACAGGUUGCAGAGUUCAGCUGCCAGCAGACAGUGCAGCAACCCUCUAGUGAAGCUGUUCGGCAAGCUACAGGUCUACAUAGAGGUCACACUAGGUCAGCUACUCAAGGACGUUUGUUAUGAGGAGAAGGAACCAGACUUUGUUGCGUACGCGUUCUUCAAGACCAAAGUCGGCCUGCGCAACGCUCUGCAGGACGAAAUGAUGUCCAACCAAUCGGAGGACAAGGAGGCGGUGCUAAUCACGCUCACCCGACCAAUCAUAUACGCGCAGCCGAUCGCCACCGACAAGGCAAUUCUCGUGUGGCUCAACUUCAAGAAUGCGUACGAUUACUGGAACCAGGAGCGGCAGGCCCUAAAUAAAGAGGUGCAGACGGCGACGCAGCAGCUGAUAGAGAUGCUGCCUCCGAUCUGGGAGCCGCCGCCGACCAACCAAGCGGUCGGUACCCUGUUCAUCCAGGUCACCCUGCAGGACAUGGGCAUCUGUCUGCCCCUCACCAGCUCCAACCAGGGCAUCUACCAGGGUGGGAGCCGGCGGGUGGAGUGGGACCCGACAUCAGCCAUGGUGCUGACUCUGGAGAGUUCUCGCAUAUCCGCCUGCAGUCGCACCUCCCUCGUCAGCAAAGGCAAAUUUAAAGGUUUCUGUCUGAGGUUUGCGGAUGACUUUGAGGUGACGUGGGACGACUGGAAGCCCGACCCUAACGAGGUGCACAUGAACCUGUGUGUCGUGCCCGAGGGAACUUACGAGGUCUGCUCCAAGACCGUGCAGUCCGACCCUAAAGAUGCCGCUAGCAAUGCUAAGUGGAUCCUCAGCCUACACUGGCAGAUGCAGGGUAUCGACGUGCAGCUGGACACAAACAUCGGCCGCUGUCUCGCUCUUCUCACGAAGACCAUGACGAUGAUGGCGGCCGGCGAUGACGACGCGGACAACAUGGCCGCCGACGCUGACAUCCUGUCCAUGACGAGCGACGACUCGGACAUGGAGCCAGCACCGGCCCCGAUGAUGCGGCGUCAGACUAUGCGGUCGGACGCGCCCCCGCCUGCAGCAGACGACGGCAAGGUAGAUGGGCGCCGCUCCUGUCUGGAGGAGCUGGAGGAGGUCAAUCAGCAAGCACAGUUCCUCAACUACCUCGUGCAGCACGGAGCGAGAGAGAACACGAUCGAGGAAACAAGCGCGCGUGCUGCAGGAGCAGGAGGCCGUCGUCUCGGCAGCACUUCCUCCGCCGCGACAUCCUCAACCGCAUUCGCCGCCAGAGCGCCCGCGCCAUGUCCAUCAAGGACAAGAAUACAAGACAACAGCGUAUCCAGGCGACCGCACUCCGUAGACGUGCCGAUCCUCACGCGUGAAAGCUCCGGCGACGCGGACGGCGUGAAGUGA